UCUGUUUCCGAGGGGGCAACUUCCACGGGAACCCCUCUGCCCUGGUAACGGCCAAAGAGGAGAUGGCGCCAGUCAGGGAGCGGCCGUGGCCGACACAGUGAGGAAGCUUGAAGGCGGAGCAACCGGAGAAGCCUCGGGAGAACAGCCAGAGCCGUCGCUGUCGCUACCACUGCCACCACCAUGGAAGGGGCAAAGCCGACUUUGCAGCUCGUAUACCAAGCAGUGCAGGCGCUUUACCACGACCCAGAUCCCAGCGGAAAGGAGCGCGCCUCGUUUUGGCUUGGAGAGCUGCAGCGUUCGGUUCAUGCAUGGGAGAUUUCAGACCAAUUGUUACAGAUCCGACAGGAUGUGGAAUCAUGCUACUUUGCUGCACAGACCAUGAAAAUGAAAAUUCAGACCUCAUUUUAUGAGCUCCCCACAGACUCUCAUGCCUCUUUACGGGACUCAUUACUAACCCAUAUCCAGAACUUGAAAGACUUGUCACCUGUCAUUGUAACGCAGCUGGCUUUAGCAAUAGCAGACCUCGCCCUACAGAUGCCUUCCUGGAAGGGAUGUGUACAAACAUUGGUGGAAAAAUAUAGCAAUGAUGUAACUUCUCUGCCUUUCCUGCUGGAGAUCCUUACAGUGUUACCUGAAGAAGUACAUAGUCGUUCCUUACGAAUUGGGGCUAACCGGCGCACAGAAAUUAUAGAAGAUUUGGCCUUCUACUCUAGUACAGUGGUAUCUCUGUUGAUGACCUGUGUAGAAAAAGCAGGAACAGAUGAGAAAAUGCUUAUGAAGGUCUUUCGCUGUUUAGGAAGUUGGUUUAACCUAGGAGUUUUGGACAGUAACUUCAUGGCGAAUAAUAAGUUACUAGCACUCCUUUUCGAGGUUUUGCAACAGGAUAAGACCUCAUCCAACCUACACGAAGCUGCUUCAGAUUGUGUGUGCUCAGCUCUCUAUGCCAUUGAGAAUGUGGAGACUAACUUGCCAUUAGCCAUGCAGCUUUUUCAAGGAGUCCUAACAUUGGAGACUGCUUAUCAUAUGGCUGUGGCACGUGAAGAUUUAGACAAAGUUCUGAAUUACUGCCGUAUUUUCACUGAACUAUGUGAAACUUUUCUUGAAAAAAUUGUUUGUACUCCAGGCCAAGGUCUUGGUGACCUACGAACUCUGGAACUGCUGCUUAUUUGUGCAGGACAUCCUCAAUAUGAGGUAGUAGAAAUUUCCUUUAACUUUUGGUACCGACUCGGGGAGCAUUUGUACAAAACUAAUGAUGAAGUUAUUCAUGGAAUCUUCAAAGCUUACAUUCAGAGGCUGCUUCAUGCCUUGGCUCGACACUGCCAGCUAGAACCAGACCAUGAGGGGGUUCCUGAGGAGACUGAUGACUUUGGAGAGUUUCGGAUGAGGGUAUCAGAUCUGGUGAAAGACUUGAUUUUCUUGAUUGGGUCUAUGGAGUGUUUUGCUCAGUUAUAUUCUACUCUGAAAGAAGGCAACCCACCCUGGGAGGUGACAGAAGCGGUUCUCUUUAUCAUGGCUGCUAUAGCAAAGAGUGUUGAUCCGGAGAACAAUCCAACACUUGUGGAGGUCUUAGAAGGAGUUGUCCGUCUUCCAGAGACUGUACAUACAGCUGUGCGAUACACCAGCAUUGAAUUGGUUGGAGAGAUGAGCGAAGUGGUUGAUCGAAAUCCUCAGUUUCUUGACCCUGUGUUGGGCUAUUUGAUGAAAGGCCUGUGUGAAAAGCCUCUGGCUUCUGCUGCAGCCAAAGCCAUUCAUAACAUUUGCUCUGUCUGCCGAGACCACAUGGCUCAGCACUUUAAUGGACUCCUGGAGAUUGCCCGUUCCCUUGAUUCCUUCAUGUUGUCUCCAGAAGCUGCUGUGGGCUUGCUAAAAGGGACAGCACUUGUCCUAGCCAGGUUACCUUUGGAUAAGAUUACUGAAUGCCUUAGUGAACUAUGUUCUGUUCAGGUUAUGGCAUUGAAAAAGCUGUUGUCUCAGGAGCCCAGCAAUGGUAUAUCCUCAGAUCCCACUGUGUUCUUAGAUCGCCUUGCAGUAAUAUUUAGACACACCAAUCCCAUUGUGGAAAAUGGACAGACUCAUCCGUGCCAAAAAGUCAUACAGGAAAUAUGGCCAGUUUUAUCUGAGACUCUAAAUAAACACCGGGCUGAUAAUCGGAUUGUAGAGCGUUGUUGCAGGUGCCUCCGCUUUGCUGUUCGCUGUGUAGGCAAAGGAUCUGCAGCCCUGCUUCAGCCACUGGUUACACAGAUGGUGAAUGUGUACCACGUACAUCAGCAUUCCUGUUUCCUGUACCUUGGCAGUAUCCUUGUGGAUGAAUACGGCAUGGAAGAGGGCUGUCGGCAGGGACUACUAGACAUGCUCCAGGCACUGUGCAUCCCUACCUUUCAGCUGCUAGAACAGCAGAAUGGGCUCCAGAAUCACCCUGACACUGUGGAUGACCUGUUCAGGCUGGCCACCAGAUUUAUUCAGCGUAGCCCUGUCACCUUGCUGAGGAGCCAAGUGGUCAUCCCUAUCUUGCAGUGGGCCAUUGCUUCCACUACCCUGGACCACCGGGAUGCCAAUUGCAGUGUCAUGAGGUUCCUACGAGACCUUAUCCAUACAGGGGUAGCCAAUGAUCACGAAGAAGACUUUGAAUUACGGAAAGAACUGAUUGGACAGGUGAUGAACCAGCUUGGACAGCAACUUGUAAGCCAACUGCUCCACACGUGCUGCUUUUGUCUCCCUCCCUAUACCCUACCAGAUGUGGCUGAAGUGCUCUGGGAGAUCAUGCAGGUUGACAGACCGACUUUUUGUCGAUGGUUAGAGAACUCCUUGAAAGGUUUGCCAAAGGAGACAACUGUGGGAGCGGUCACAGUGACACACAAACAACUUACAGAUUUCCACAAACAAGUCACUAGGAAUGUCUUUUUUAAUUAGAAGACAGGAAGAAAACAAAAACCAGACUGUGUCCCACAAUCAGAAACCUCCAUUGUGGCAGAGGGGCCUUCACCGCCACCACGGCGUCCCGCCAGACAGGGAGAGACUCCAGCCUUCAGAGGCCGUCCUGAGGAGUUCCUGUUUGGGGGUGUGAGGGAAAAUCAGCGCGGUUUAAAAAAAAGAUGGCUGCGGCCUGUCCGGCGUGGUGGGAGGGGAGCUGGUUUCCUGGUGAACUUGUUUCAAAGGAAAAAUAAUUUUAAAGAAAUAAAAAAGGAAAAAAAGGAAAACUAAACUGAAACCAGAACUGAAACGUUCACUUGGUAGCAGUGACACGCACGCACACAUGUACCUAUACACACAUGCUAACACGCGUGUGCACACAGAAUAAAAGUACAAACUUUUGUGAAACAAACCAUUUACUUAGGGAAAAUGGGAAUUCAGAUGACAUAGCUGCAAUUGGAAGAAAAGGGUCAGGAUCAUCUCUUAAGGUUUUCUAUUAUUUUUUCCUCUUUCUCUCUCCCACCCUCCCUUCUUUCCCUUUCCCUUCCUCUUUUAAAGAAAAUGAGUAGAAAUUUCUCCCACUCUCCCCAGCAUUUCUUCCCACCUCUAGAGUUGUUCCGACAAGGAGGAGCCUGUUGGUUUUAUAUCAUGGUCACAUCAGUGAUACCAGGACCUGCCAGGGCCAAAAUUCAUGUAUAUUCCCAGCCCUGACCCUAUCCAGUCUCUAAAUCCAUUUCCAAUCCAUAUUGGGUUGUCAUCGGCCUUGGAGAGAAGAGCCAAAAUUAGGGUGAGUGGGAUAUAAAUGUAUAUUCUAAGUUUUAGGGGUUUUUUUUAAAGAUUUUUGUGUUUUUUAGUUAAUUUUUCACCCACAGACAUGAGAGAGGACAAAAAAAAAAAAAGGGUGGGAGUAUGGGGGAAAGUGUUUACAGGGCUAACUGUAUUUUACUAAAAAAAAUGUGGAAAUUACUUGACUUUCGUUGGGGGUGAGGCGGGAGAGGGAAGCCCAAAACAGAUCUUAAUGUUUUAAAGGAGUUGCGGCCCCGCACAGGUGUUAGAUACGAGGGCACUGUUCUGUCUGGUGUUGUAGCCAUCUCAAGAACAAAUCAACAGCAACAAAAAAAACAAACAAAAAAAAAAAAGAAAAAGAAAAAAAAGA